AUGUGUAAUCAUAAAAUCUUCCUUAUUUUCAAUUUAUGUUUAUGGAGUAAUUUUACAUUCGCUGUGUAUAGAUGCAACGAGAUAGGGUACGGAUGGGUGUCCGAGACUACCGGAACAGCCUAUCCAGAAGGUGCAGACCCAAGACCUGCCCAUCCAAACGAAGUGAUCGUCGAGCAACGCGAUCCAUUCGUGGCAGAUGGGUUCGAGAUCUGGGAUGCAACGAAGUGUUUCUUUCGUUUCCAAGUACCGGACUCCGCUGCCGCUAAUAUCAAUGGCGCCACGGCUGCAAGAGCUGUGAGGGUGACGGAUGGACAGUGGACUGCGACGCCAGACCAGGUCCGAGCGACGAUUGGUAGUCCCAACAACAACGGGAAAACAAACAUAAAAUUGUGGCUCACAAAUGCCAUGUCAGCAUUCCUUUACGCUGGAUUUCUUACAGAUAGCAACCAAGGGCAAGACGGUACCGUGCAAUAUCAAUUGGCUCAAAGAAACACCGUGAUUUCCGUCAUUGGACCAAAUGCCGCACAGUCCCUCGAAAAAGUCGAGGCAGCAAUCAAGCCAGAGAGUCCACAUGACGACGAAAACGACCGCAGAUUCGAAGAUGCCGUUGACUCCGCGACGUCAAUUGGCAUACGCGGCCUCAAAGGAACGCUUAACCCUGCGACAGACUACGCCUAUACCGCAGCUGACAAUGCAGCAAGAGGCUUGCGAGUCAAAUACAGCAAGAUCGCUGUACCACCAAAGCUCGUUCCAUUCUACAGCGAAAAGGACACUCCAUAUGGGCUUGCAUCCAAGGCCGACGGCAGCUGCGUAGUUUUGGAUUACCGUCAGAUGGGCACGUAUCUGCCGAAGACCCAGAGACAAGAGACAAGGGGUACCGGAACUAAAUACUGUAGUAGUAAUCCGCCAAAGCUCGUGCGAAUGUUCACAAAGCGAUGGAGUGACGACGAAAUCAACGAUCAAGACGGCCUUGGAAAAGGCCCCGAAGACAAGUCUGCUGGCAUCCUCUGUUGGAUUAAGUCUUGGUCGAGGUAUUCCAUGUAUAUGUACGAUGUCUUCCGACGGGGCUUGUAG